GGCCAACGAUGCAUUUGUCAAGUGAAGUGAGUUCGACGACAAACGGGCUGGGCCACGAGGCUCCAUCGUCGAGCUACUGCCAGGGGCUGAGCCAGCCACUGACGGCUGAGCUGCUGGCUGAACGGACCAUUGAGGGUUUGCUGGCGGAUCACCCCGGCGAGCUGGUCAAGACUGGGUGCCCUCAUGUUGUAUGCACAGUGCUGCCCCCCCACUGGCGGUCGAACAAGACGCUACCAGUGGCCUUCAAGGUGGUAGCCCUGGGGGACGUGGGCGACGGCACGCUGGUCACGGUGCGCGCCGGCAACGACGAGAACUGCUCCGCUGAGCUGCGGAACUGCACGGCGGUGAUGAAGAACCAGGUCGCCAAGUUCAACGACCUGAGGUUCGUCGGCAGAAGCGGCAGAGGCAAAUCCUUCACUCUAACAAUAAUGCUGGCGACCUCGCCCCCGCAAGUGGCGACCUACCAGAAGGCAAUCAAGGUGACGGUGGACGGCCCCCGCGAGCCGCGCUCCAAGACUCGCCACCACGGCUUCCACCCGUUCCACUUCGGCCCGCGCUUCGUGCCCGACCCGCUGAUGGGGUCACUGCCCUUUAAACUGUCGGGCAUAGCCCACCAGCUGGCGGGGCUCCCGGGCGGCGAGUGGGGCGCGCUGGCGCGGCACUACCCCCCGCCCCUCAUGCCGGCGCACGCGCACUUCUCCCCGCACGUGCUGCCCUCCCCCGGCCCGCCGCACGCGCCGCCGCCGCCGCUCACUGAUGCUGACGUGAAGUCAGACAACCCGCUAGCCGUGCACCCGCACAGCACCACGAGUCCCGUGACGUCACGUCCCAGCUCGCCGCAGGACGACGACAUCUCCGUGACGGCGUCCAUGAGCCCGCCGCCGGACGAGCGGCCCGGCGCCUUCACCUCCGUGACGCGCGCGCGCAAGCCCCCCGCGCCCCUCCCCGCCCCCUCCAGCCUCUUCCACAGCGCACUCGCCGCCCAACUGUUCCUCAACUCACCGCUACUGCCCACGCCACCCGCCUGGCUCUACUCACAACUCUACGGAGGCUACGACUGGUGGCUCCGGCCGCCGCCACCCCAGGAAGACUCCAACCAUUCUAGCCCCGACAGAGAAGAGGAAGCAGGGUCCACAGUGUCCGAAGUAGGCAAGAAAAGGCCCGCGUCGCCCGAGUGGACUGACCAGGUCCGGACCAGGAGCAAAUCUCUCAUCUCUGCGGAGAAGCGACCGGUAGAUGUGUGGCGCCCCUAUUAGCUGUCGUAAUAUGAUGUGUAUAGUUCUAUUAGUGUUAACUUGUAAAGACAACUGUGGUGACCGUCCGCGAGACUGUGGCAGCAAAUCUUGGAACUCUGAUUAAUGAUGAUGUAAAUAGCUGUGACGCAAUUAGUCGAAUGAAUGUGGAUCUCAAAUAGUUUAAGGUUUUAACGUUGUUAAAUGUAUUAUAAGAUAAUGCAGGUGUAAAUAAAGUUAUCAAAUUUUCACAUGUAUUUUUAUUUGCUGAAGAGAGCUU